CCUCACCUGUUGUUCAGUUCCAGCACAUGAGCGGCACGUAAUGCCUUUUACAAGAGUACGUUUGUUCAACUUAAAUAUGCUCUGAAGUAGCGUUUGGGCUUUAGAAGAAUUGUUCAAAACAUGCUGAAGUUCUUCAGUACAGCGUUGUUCCGAGAAACUGGAUGCAUGGUUUGUGGUCAAAAUGGGCAUGCAGAAACAGCUUGCAGAAACUUUGGGUCGGAGGAACCAAAGAUUUUGUCACAAAAAGUAUUGCGACAGGUGAAAUAAUAGCAGUCUUUUCGGGUCCUUUCUCUCCUAAACAAAAUGACAUUAGAACACCAACCACCCAAGAUUACUUCCAAUCUCGCGGAUAAUGUUGGCUUGACGCCCAUGGUCAAAGUUAUGGGCGGCCAUUCCAACAAUGUGGAAGUGCUUGCCAAGCUGGAAUACACCAACUUUACCGGGAGUAUCAAAGAACGAACUGCAAAGUUCAUCAUUGAAGACCUGAAAGCCAAAAACAAAUUGAGCCCAAAGACUACCAUUAUCAUUCCAACUUCUGGAAAUCUCGCCAUAUCCGUCGCAGGAAUGGUUGCAAAGGAUCGCAACAAAGUCAUCGCUGUCGUGCCUGAACGUACUUCGACUGACAAGAUUCACUUGCUGAAGGCUAUGGGAGUGGAAAUCAUUCGAGCUCCAACCGAAGCCAGGCGCGAGGCUGCUGAAAACAUGUAUUCUACUGCUUACAAGUUGUCUGAGCAACUUCAAAACUCCAUUGUUAUUGAUGAGACCAACAUACCAAGCGCAGUGUAUGAUGACUUGGCAGAAGAGAUCCUUCAGCAAAGCGUUCUCCAACUUGAUUAUGUCUUCGUUGGCGUAGAGACUGGUUCUACUAUUUCUAGACUAGCCAAGGCAUUGAAGGCGGAAAAGCCUGAAAUCAAGGUCUACGGUGUUGAACCCGUGGAUUCUGUCUUUGCUAGAAAUGAAGGCAACCAACAUUAUAAGAGAAGGGAAUGGAAGAUAGAAGAUCUCGGCAGCAACUUUGUACCUAAAAAUUUCGAUGGAAGUUUGAUCGACGGAUGGAUCCAAGUUUCUGACAAAGAUGCAUAUUCAACCGCAAGACGCCUUCUACGUGAAGAAGGCAUUACAUGUGGACCUUCCUCCGGAGCCGUUGUUUGGGCGACUUUGAAUCAUGCAAGCAACGUGCAGCAACAUACAACUCACACCUUUCGCUCUGUAGCUAUUUUGAAUGACACAAUGCGCAACUACAUGUCCACUCUAUUGUCAGAUGAAUGGCUACUGGAGAACGACCUUGUGGAUGAGAUGACAACUAAGCAGCUGGAAUAUCUCUCCAGCGAACGUUACCGCGCAGCCAGCGUUGAAGAUCUGCAGUUGCCUGCAGCCGUCACCAUCUCGCCAUCUGCAACAGUAUCCCAUGCUUUGAAUUUGAUGAUGGAGCGCGAAUAUUCACAGCUCCCAGUCAUUCAUUCAAGCAACAAGAAACUGGUUGGCUACAUCUCUGAGUCUACUUUAGAAGCCCACUUGUCGGAUGGAUCCGCUCAGCCUGAAGAUCCGGUCAGCAAGUGGAUGUUUAACUUCCUCAAGCGCAACAAAGGCGAGAAGUCGACUGCCAAAUAUGAAAUGAUCACCCCAGAUACAAGCUUGGCAGAUCUCGCCAAAUUUUUCGAAAAGAACUCCUUUGCCGUUGUUACGGAUGCUGACCGCAAAUGGUGCUUGGGAGUAGCAACCAAAUAUGAUCUGAUUAGCUUCUUGAACAGAAGAAAUGUGUUUUAAGAUGUAAUUGUAUAUAAGUAGGUCAUAGAGGGCUAUUAUAGAUCUCUAGUAGUAUGACACAUUUUCCUUGUGCCAA